AUGGUGGUUAUUCCGUAUGUGAAAGGGCUAUCUGAAGCAGUGAGCCGGGUGUUUAAUAAACAUCGAGUCGCCACGGCCAUGCGCCCACAUCAGACACUACGCAACAUCUUAGUGCACCCCAAGGACAAACAGGAAACAACAGAGAAAGCAGAAGUAAUUUACAAAAUACCUUGUAAAAAUUGUGAUAAAGUCUACGUGGGAGAAUCGGGGCGAAAAUUUGGAAUAAGACUGAAUGAACACAAAAAAGAUUGUGAAACAAACUCAAAUAAGGCAUUUACUAGAGCAACUAGAAAACAAUCAGAAUCGACAAUAGAAAAAAGUGCAAUCACAGAUCACCAGAACAUAAAUAAUCAUGAAAUAGACUGGGAGGGGGCACGCGUAAUAGAGAGAGAAUCAGACUGGGGAGUGCGAAAAACGAAGGAGGCUAUCUGCAUCAAAACUGAGGUGGCAGUUAUGAACCGGGACGAGGGGGCCUUCCUUUCUGGGAUUUACAACCCACUUUUCGCCGGAUUACGGAAAUUCGGCGGGAAGUCCCGAGUGUCAGAGCUGCGAGUGAGCGAUAGUCAGGCCAGUAGCUCUGAUGAUGUCCACAGCUCCUCCGACAUCACUCCACUGCAGAGCUCCCACACCAUUCUACUGCAGUUACCCAACACCACUCUGCUGCACUGGUCCCACACCACUCCACUGCAGACCUACCACACCACUCUACUGCAGUCCUCCCUCACCACUCCACUGCAGUCCUCCCAAACAACUCCACUGCAGUCCUUCCAUGUCACACCACUGCAGACCUCCCAAAUAGCUCCACUGCAUUCCUCCCAAACCACUCAACUGCAGUGCUCCCACAACACUCCACUUCAGUCCUCCCUUACAAUUCCACUGCAGUGCUCCAACACCAUUCCACUGCAGUUCUCCCACACCACUCCACUGCAGUCCUCCCACACAACUCAACUGCAGUCCUUCCACACCACUCUGCUGCAGUCCUCCAACAUCACUCCACUGCAGUGCUCCCAAACCGCCCAUCCACAUCCUCCAAAAUCGCCCGCGGCAGUCCUCAAACAUCACUCCACUGCAAUCCUCCCACAUCACUCCAUUGUAGUCCUCCCUCAUCACUCCACUGCCGUCCUCCCAAAUCGCCCCGGCGCAGUGCUCAAACCCCACUUCACCGCAGUCCUCCAACACCACUCCACUGCAGUCCUCCGAUAUCACUCCACUGCAUCCUCCCACAUCACCCAACGGCAGUCUUCCCACAUCACUCCACUGCAAUCCUCCAACAUCACUCCACUGCAGUCCUCCCACAUCACUCCACUGCAGUCCUCCCACACCACUCCACUGCAGUCCUCUCACAUCACUCCACUGCAGUCCUCACACAUCACCCCACUGCAGUCCUCCCAAAUCACUCCACUGCAGUCCUCCAACAUCACUCCACUGCAGUCCUCCCACAUCACUCCACUGCAGUCCUCUCACAUCACUCCACUGCAGUCCUCUCACAUCACUCCACUGCAGUCCUCCCAAAUCACUCCACUGCAAUCCUCCCACAUCACUUCACUGCAAUCCUCCCAUAUCACUCCACUGCAGUCCUCUCACAUCACUCCACUGCAGUCCUCCCACACCACUCCACUGCAGUCCUCUCACAUCACUCCACUGCAGUGCUCCAACACCAUUCCACUGCAGUUCUCCCACAUCACUCCACUGCUGUCCUCCCACACAACUCAACUGCAGUCCUUCCACACCACUCUACUGCAGUCCUCCAACAUCACUCCACUGCAGUGCUCCCAAACCGCCCAUCCACAUGCUCCCACAUCACUCCACUGCAGUCCUCCAAAAUCGCCCGCGGCAGUCCUCCAACAUCACUCCACUGCAAUCCUCCCACACCACUUCAACGCAGUCCUCCCACACAAUUCCACAACAGUACUCCAAACCACUCUACUGCAGUGCUCCCAUAUCACUCCACUGCAGUGCUCCCACAUCACUCCUCUGCAGUGCUCCCACAUCACUCCACUGCAAUGCUCCCACAUCACUCCACUGCAGUGCUCCCACAUCACUCCACUGCAAUCCUCCCACAUCACUCCACUGCAGUCCUCUCACAACUCUCCACUGCAGUCCUCCCACAUCACUCAACUGCAAUCCUCCCACAUCACUCCAUUGCAGUGCUCCCACAUCACUCCACUGCAGUCCACCCACAUCACUCCACUGCAGUCCUCCCACAUCUCUCCACUGCAGUCAUCCCACAUCACUCCACUGCAGUGCUCCCAUACCACUCCACUGCAACCCUCCCACAUCACUCCAUUUCCUCCCACAUCACUCCACUGCAGUCCUCCCACAUCACUCCUUUGCAAUCCUCUCACAUCACUCCACUGCAGUCCUCCCACAUCUCUCCACUGCAGUCCUCUCACAUCACUCCACUGCAGUCCUCUCACAUCACUCCAAUGCAGUCCUACCACAUCACUCUAUUGCAAUCCUCCCACAUCACUCCACUGCAUUCCUCCUACAUCUCUCCACUGCAGUCCUCCCACAUCACCCAACGGCAGUCUUCCCACAUCACUCCACUGCAUUCCUCCCACAUCACUCCACUGCAUUCCUCUCACAUCACUCCACUGCAUUCCUCUCACAUCACUCAACUGCAGUCCUCCCACAUCACUCCACUACAGUCCUCCUACAUCUCUACACAGCAGUCCUCCCACAUCACUCCAUUACAGUGCUCCCACACCACUCCUCUGCAAUCCUCCCACAUCACUCCACUGCAGUCCUCCCACAUCACUCAACGGCAGUCUUCCCACAUCACUCCACUGCAACCCUCCAACACCACUCCUCUGCAGUCCUCCCACACCACUCCUCGGCCGUCCUCUCACAUCUUUUAACUGCAGUCCUCCCACAUCACUCCACUGCAGUCCUCCCACACCACUCCUCUGCAGUCCUCUCACAUCUUUAAACUGCAGUCCUCCCACACCACCCCUCUGCAGUCCUCCCACACCACUCCUCUGCAGUCGUCUCACAUCACUCCACUGCACUCCUCCCACACCACCCCUCUGCAGUCCUCUCACAUCUCUCAACUGCAAUCCCCCCCACACCACUCUUCUGCAGUCCUAUCACAUCUCUCAACUGCAAUCCUCCCACACCACUCCUCUGCAGUCCUCUCACACCACUCCUCUGCAGUCCUCCCACAUCACUCCAAUGCAGUGCUCCCACACCACUCCACUGCACUCCUCCCACACCACUCUUCUGCAGUCCUCUCACAUCUCUCAACUGCAGUGCUCCCACUCCACUCCACUGCACUACUCCCACACCACUCCACUGCAGUCAUCCAACAUCACUCCUCUGCAGUCCUCUCACAUCUCUCAACUGCAGUCCUCCCACAUCACUCCACUGCAGUGCUCCCACACCACUCCACUGCACUCCUUCCACACCACUCCUCUGCAGUCCUCUCACAUCUCUCAACUGCAGUGCUCCCACACCACUCCACUGCACUCCUCGCACACCACUCCACUGCACUCCUCCCACACCACUCCUCUGCAGUCCUCCCACAUCACUCCACUGCAGUGCUCCCACACCACUCCACUGCACUCCUCCCACACCACCCCACUGCAGUCCUCCCACAUCACUCCUCUGCAGUCCUCUCACAUCUCUCAACUGCAGUCCUCCCACUUCACUCCACUGCAGUCCUCCCACACCACUCCUCGGCAGUCCUCUCACAUCUCUCAACUGCAGUCCUCCCACUCCACUCCUCUGCAGUCCUCCCACACCACUCCUCUGCAGUCCUCUCACAUCUCUCAACUGCAUUCCUCCCACAUCACUCCACUGCAAUCCUCCCACAUCACUCCACUGCAAUCCUCCCACAUCACUCCACUGCACUCCUCCCACACCACUCCUCUGCAAUCCUCCCACACCACUCCUCUGCAAUCCUCCCACAUCACUCAACUGCAGUCCUCCGACAUCACUCUUCUGCUGUGCUCCCACAUCACUCCACUACAGUGCUCCCACACCAGUCCACUGCAGUUCUCCCACACCACUCUUCUGCAGUCCUCCCAAAUCACACCACUGCAGUGCUCCCACAUCACUCCACUGCAGUUCUCCCACAUCAUUCCUCUUCUGUGCUCCCACAUCACUCCACUACAGUGCUCGCACACCACUCCACUGCAGUUCUCCCACACCACUCCACUGCAGUCCUCUCACAUCACUCCAUUACAGUCCUCCCACAUCUCUUCACUGCAGUCCUCCCAAAUCAUACCACUGCAGUCCUCCCACAUCACUCCACUGCAAUCCUCCCACACCACUCCACUGCAGUCCUCUCACAUCAUUCCACUGCAGUCCUCCCACAUCUCUCCACUUCAGUCCUCCCAAAUCCAACCACUGCAAUCCUCCCACAUCACUCCUCUGCGUUCCUCCUACAUCACUCCACUGAAGUCCUCUUACAUCACUCCACUGCAGUCCUCCCACGUCACUCCACUGCAGUCCUCCCACAUCACUCCUCUGCAGUUCUCCCACUUCACUCCAUUGCAGCCCUCCCACAUCACUCAUCUGCUGUGCUCCCAAAUCACUCCACUACAGUGCUCCCACACCACUCCACUACAGUGCUCCCACACCAUUCCAUUGCAGUCCUCCCAGAUCACUCCACUGAAGUCCUCCCACAUCACUCCUCCGCAGUCCUCUCACAUCUCUCCACUGCAGUCCUCCCACAUCACUCGUCAGCAGUCCCACCAAAUCUCUCCACUGAAGUUCUCCCACAUCACUCCUCCGCAGUCCUCUCACAUACCUCCACUGCAGUCCUCCCUCAUCACUCGUCCGCAGUCCUCUCACAACUUUUCACUGCAGUCCUCCCACAUCACUAGUCUGCAGUCCUCACACAUCUCUCCACUGAAGUCCUACCACAUCACUUGUCCGCAGUCCUCCGACAUCACUCGUCCGCAGUCCUCUCACAUCUCUCCACUGAAGUCCUCCCACAUCACUCGUCCGCAGUCCUCCCACAUCACUCCUCCGCAGUCCUCCCACAACACUCCUCCGCAGUCCUCUCACAUAUCUCCACUGAAGUCCUCCCACAUCUCUCGUCCGCAAUCCUCUCACAUCUCUCCACUGAAGUCCUCCCACAUCACUCGUCCGCUGUCCUCUCACAUCUGUCCACUAAAGUCCUCCCACAUCACUCGUCCGCAGUCCUCCCACAUCACUCCACUGCAGUCCUCCCACAUCACUCCACUGAAGUCCUCCCACAUCACUCAACUGCAGUCCUCCCACAUCAAUCGUCCACAGUCCUCCCACAUCACUCCACUGCAGUCCUCCCACAUCACACAACCGCAAACCUCCCACAUCACUCGUCCGCAGUCCUCCCACAUCACUCGUCCGCAUUCCUCUCACAUCUCUCCACUGCAGUCCUCCCACAUCACUCCACUGCAGUCCUCCCACAUCACUCCACUGCAGUCCUCCCACAUCACUCCACUGCAGUGCUCCCACAUCACUCCACUGCAGUGCUCCCACAUCACUCCACUGCAAUCCUCCCACAUCACUCCACUGCAGUCCUCUCACAACUCUCCACUGCAGUCCUCCCACAUCACUCAACUGCAAUCCUCCCACAUCACUCCAUUGCAGUGCUCCCACAUCACUCCACUGCAGUCCACCCACAUCACUCCACUGCAGUCCUCCCACAUCUCUCCACUGCAGUCAUCCCACAUCACUCCACUGCAGUGCUCCCAUACCACUCCACUGCAACCCUCCCACAUCACUCCAUUUCCUCCCACAUCACUCCACUGCAGUCCUCCCACAUCACUCCUUUGCAAUCCUCUCACAUCACUCCACUGCAGUCCUCCCACAUCUCUCCACUGCAGUCCUCUCACAUCACUCCACUGCAGUCCUCUCACAUCACUCCAAUGCAGUCCUACCACAUCACUCCAUUGCAAUCCUCCCACAUCACUCCACUGCAUUCCUCCUACAUCUCUCCACUGCAGUCCUCCCACAUCACCCAACGGCAGUCUUCCCACAUCACUCCACUGCAAUCCUCCCACAUCACUCCACUGCAUUCCUCUCACAUCACUCCACUGCAUUCCUCUCACAUCACUCCACUGCAGUCCUCCCACAUCACUCCACUACAGUCCUCCUACAUCUCUCCACAGCAGUCCUCCCACAUCACUCCAUUACAGUGCUCCCACACCACUCCUCUGCAAUCCUCCCACAUCACUCCACUGCAGUCCUCCCACAUCACUCAACGGCAGUCUUCCCACAUCACUCCACUGCAAUCCUCCCACACCACUCCUCUGCAGUCCUCCCACACAACUCCUCGGCCGUCCUCUCACAUCUUUCAACUGCAGUCCUCCCACAUCACUCCACUGCAGUCCUCCCACACCACUCCUCUGCAGUCCUCUCACAUCUUUAAACUGCAGUCCUCCCACACCACCCCUCUGCAGUCCUCCCACACCACUCCUCUGCAGUCGUCUCACAUCACUCCACUGCACUCCUCCCACACCACCCCUCUGCAGUCCUCUCACAUCUCUCAACUGCAAUCCCCCCACACCACUCUUCUGCAGUCCUCUCACAUCUCUCAACUGCAAUCCUCCCACACCACUCCUCUGCAGUCCUCCCACACCACUCCUCUGCAGUCCUCCCACACCACUCCUCUGCAGUCCUCCCACAUCACUCCACUGCACUCCUCCCACACCACUCCACUGCACUCCUCCCACACCACUCUUCUGCAGUCCUCUCACAUCUCUCAACUGCAGUGCUCCCACUCCACUCCACUGCACUACUCCCACACCACUCCACUGCAGUCAUCCAACAUCACUCCUCUGCAGUCCUCUCACAUCUCUCAACUGCAGUCCUCCCACAUCACUCCACUGCAGUGCUCCCACACCACUCCACUGCACUCCUUCCACACCACUCCUCUGCAGUCCUCUCACAUCUCUCAACUGCAGUGCUCCCACACCACUCCACUGCACUCCUCGCACACCACUCCACUGCACUCCUCCCACACCACUCCUCUGCAGUCCUCCCACAUCACUCCACUGCAGUGCUCCCACACCACUCCACUGCACUCCUCCCACACCACCCCACUGCAGUCCUCCCACAUCACUCCUCUGCAGUCCUCUCACAUCUCUCAACUGCAGUCCUCCCACUUCACUCCACUGCAGUCCCCCCACACCACUCCUCGGCAGUCCUCUCACAUCUCUCAACUGCAGUCCUCCCACUCCACUCCUGCAGUCCUCCCACACCACUCCUCUGCAGUCCUCUCACAUCUCUCAACUGCAAUCCUCCCACAUCACUCCACUGCAAUCCUCCCACAUCACUCCACUGCAAUCCUCCCACAUCACUCCACUGCAAUCCUCCCACACCACUCCUCUGCAAUCCUCCCACAUCACUCAACUGCAGUCCUCCGACAUCACUCUUCUGCUGUGCUCCCACAUCACUCCACUACAGUGCUCCCACACCAGUCCACUGCAGUUCUCCCACACCACUCUUCUGCAGUCCUCCCAAAUCACACCACUGCAGUGCUCCCACAUCACUCCACUGCAGUUCUCCCACAUCAUUCCUCUUCUGUGCUCCCACAUCACUCCACUACAGUGCUCGCACACCACUCCACUGCAGUUCUCCCACACCACUCCACUGCAGUCCUCUCACAUCACUCCAUUACAGUCCUCCCACAUCUCUUCACUGCAGUCCUCCCAAAUCAUACCACUGCAGUCCUCCCACAUCACUCCACUGCAAUCCUCCCACACCACUCCACUGCAGUCCUCUCACAUCAUUCCACUGCAGUCCUCCCACAUCUCUCCACUGCAGUCCUCCCAAAUCCAACCACUGCAAUCCUCCCACAUCACUCCUCUGCGUUCCUCCUACAUCACUCCACUGAAGUCCUCUUACAUCACUCCACUGCAGUCCUCCCACGUCACUCCACUACAGUCCUCCCACAUCACUCCUCUGCAGUUCUCCCACUUCACUCCAUUGCAGCCCUCCCACAUCACUCAUCUGCUGUGCUCCCACAUCACUCCACUACAGUGCUCCCACACCACUCCACUACAGUGCUCCCACACCAUUCCAUUGCAGUCCUCCCAGAUCACUCCACUGAAGUCCUCCCACAUCACUCCUCCGCAGUCCUCUCACAUCUCUCCACUGCAGUCCUCCCACAUCACUCGUCAGCAGUCCCACCAAAUCUCUCCACUGAAGUUCUCACACAUCACUCCUCUGCAGUCCUCUCACAUCCCUCCACUGCAGUCCUCCCACAUCACUCGUCCGCAGUCCUCUCACAUCUUUUCACUGCAGUCCUCCCACAUCACUAGUCUGCAGUCCUCACACAUCUCUCCACUGAAGUCCUACCACAUCACUUGUCCGCAGUCCUCCGACAUCACUCGUCCGCAGUCCUCUCACAUCUCUCCACUGAAGUCCUCCCACAUCACUCGUCCGCAGUCCUCCCACAUCACUCCUCUGCCGUCCUCCCACAACACUCCUCCGCAGUCCUCUCACAUAUCUCCACUGAAGUCCUCCCACAUCUCUCGUCCGCAAUCCUCUCACAUCUCUCCACUGAAGUCCUCCCACAUCACUCGUCCGCUGUCCUCUCACAUCUGUCCACUGAAGUCCUCCCACAUCACUCGUCCGCAGUCCUCCCACAUCACUCCACUGCAGUCCUCCCACAUCACUCCACUGAAGUCCUCCCACAUCACUCAACUGCAGUCCUCCCACAUCAAUCGUCCACAGUCCUCCCACAUCACUCCACUGCAGUCCUCCCACAUCACACCACCGCAGUCCUCCCACAUCACUCUUCCGCAGUCCUCCCACAUCACUCGUCCGCAUUCCUCUCACAUCUCUCCACUGCAGUCCUCCCACAUCACUCCACUGCAGUCCUCCCACAUCACUCCACUGCAGUCCUCCCACAUCACUCCACUGCAGUGCUCCCACAUCACUCCACUGCAGUCCUCCUACAUCACUCCACUGCAGUCCUCCCACAUCACUCCACUGCAAUGCUCCCACAACACUCCACUGCAGUUCUCACACAUCACUGCAAUGCAGCCCUCUCACAUAUCUCCACUGCAGUCCUCCAAAACCACUCCACUGCAUUGCUCCAACACCACUCCACUGCAGUGCUCCCACACCACUCCACUUCAGUCCUCCUACACAACUCCACUGCAGUGCUCUAACAUCACUCCACUGCGGCCCUCCCACACCACACCACUACGGUCCUCCCUCACAACUCAACUGCAGUCCUCCCACUCCACACCACUGUAG